AUGACGGAAGCUUCGCCGCCUAAUGACAUUAACAAUUUUAAUUCAUUUCCAAGAGAUUUAACGACCGAUGUUGACUCUAUUGAUGCAGAAGAUUUCGAUCCUAUAGUCUACAUAAAUGAGCUAUUUCCCACUGAAAAGUCAUUGUCUGCCAUUGAUGAUAUAAUCGCAACUAUUACUGAAAAGAUUGAAAAUAUUGAUAUACAGACCCGUCAAAUCAUUCGAGGUCAAUGGGAAUUAGAAGACAAAGGCAAACAAUUAGUUGGUGAAGCCUCGGAGCUUAUCCAGUCACUCUUUACUAAAAUUCGCGAAGUUCAAGAGCGAGCAACUUCUUCUGAGCUUAUGGUGGCUGAAAUCACUAAGGAUAUUCAACAACUUGAUCAUGCUAAACAAAACUUGACUGUUUCUAUAACGACUUUAAGUAACUUAGCCGUCAUUGUCGAUGAUAUUGAUCAUUUGAAUUCUGCGUUGAAUAUUAAUAUAUAUGCUCCAGCAAAUCCUUUUGGUACCGACAACGCUCCCAAAGUUCUUAGUUCCGCGCAAAUAGAGGACAAUUUAGCAAGGGCUCAACGUCUUAUGGAAACCAUGAUGGCUACUUACUCUUCAGUUCCUGCGGUUGUCGAACUUAAUGAGGAGUUAAAGAAUAUUUUUUCGUCUAUUAACGCCAGACUCUCUAUAGAAAUGAGAGAACUUUUGACGAGCCCUUCUGCUCGUAUUUUGACUGAACAUGCACCCAAGAUUCUUACCGGUUGUCGUCUCUUGGAUCUCCUUCCCACUGAUUCAAUGAAAAUGGAAAUUAUCAACUGGUUCAUCGCUCAACAACUUGCCGAGUAUCGUGAGCUCUAUGAGCCCUCACAAGCCAUUGCUUGGCUGGAUAAAAUCGAUCAUCGUUACGCCUGGCUUCGUACCAACAUCACACCCCUCGAACGCAAGAUUCGAACCCUUUUUCCGCAGGAGUGGCUUGUACUAGAACGUCUUAUUGUUGAAUUUUGCCGUAACACCCGAAAAGACCUGGAAGUGGUUAUGCAGAGGCGCAAAGCAGAGAUUACCCAUAACCUGCUUGUGUUUGCCAUGCAACGAACGAUUGCUUUUGAGAGUAGUUUAUCGAAGAUUGCUACUGGGGCGACACUUUUGGAGGAGCAGAGAAAGGCUGAGGUAGCUCCGAAGAAGGCGGAGAAGGAGAUCAUGGAGAAGGAAUCAAGCAAUCCAUUUGAUAAAGAUGUUGAGGCUGAAGAACAGGCAGACAAACCUGUGCUGGAACCUGAACCACAGCAGAACGUAUCUCCGUUUGAAGGAAUAAUUUCAAAUUGUUUCACACCAUACUUCGAUCUAUAUUUGAAUAAUAUUGAACGAGCUCUCAACGAUCAAUUGACUACUAGACUUAUUGGUGACUAUACUGUUAAUAAGUCAAGUCUGAAGAGCCGUGCUUUUGGAGACGUUUUCAGAGAUGCGAAUGCAGCGCCAAAUUCUGCAAGUGUUGGUGGCGACUUGGCGGAAAAUACUCUCUACUCAUCCACUGAUCUCUUCCUUCUCUACAAACAACUGCUGAAACAAACUCUUCAAUUGACACGUGGACGAGGUCUUCUGGGAUUAGUGGGAUUACUCAAAAAGUAUCUUCGAGAGUAUACAGAAAAAGUCCUGCUACCUGGCAUUCCGGGGCUGGCUUCAAGCUCUGCCUCUAGUGGUGGAGGUCUUGUAAAACCUUUCAAUCUGAGUAGUCUUGCUGCGUUAGGCUUAAAUCAAGAUGAAAAUUCGGGAACUCGCAAAGACAGUGCUGCCUUUUUAGCUGCCAAUCUCUCCAACCAAUUAUUUAAUCUCCACCGCGAUGAGCAGCCCUCUCGUAUGUCCAACGAUGAAAUUAUUCGUGUCUGUGUGAUCCUCGUCACGACGACCUACUGUAUGAAGACUGUCGAAGAACUGGAGAAACGUCUUAAAGCCGAGGUUCGCCCUUCAUCUCUGGCUAGCGAAAUUUCCUUCCAAAGUGAAGUUAGCGCUCUCACCGAAUGUAGGUCGUCAUGCAUUCACCGACUGGUGGCUGACCUUGAAGCAGCUGUGAUACCCCAACUUAAUGCAAUGGCACGAAUGCCUUGGGCCAGUCUUGAUUCAGUCGGAGAUCAGUCACCUUACGUCACUUCGAUCGUAUCUCACCUCAAGACUCAAAUUCCGCCUAUUAGGGAUACUCUAUUCUCUGUUAGGGCUCAUUUCACCCAGAUUUGCAUAAAAUUCGCGGAUGCCACAAUAAAUCGCUUCGUAGCGUCUCUUUACAAAUGCAAACCCCUAAACACCUUCGGUGCGGAACAACUCCUUCUUGAUACCCAAUGUCUCAAAUCGGCUCUUCUUCAAUUUCCCCUCCUUGGAACCAAGGUGAGUACGAGAUCUGUAUUCCAUUGGUACUUUAAAUAUCAUCCAAAAUUCAACUAUUAUUUGGAAGCACGGUUUGAUCAGGAUGCACAGAAAUCCAGUUGA